UGAAAGUACUGUUAUGUGUUUACUCUGGUCCUAUUUUUAGAAUGAAAUUAGAAUAGCGGGUGGAUUUAACUUAUUUAAAUAAUGUGUGUGUAUAAGAGCAAUAAGAUUUGUAAAGAUUGCGUGUACAAGUACUAGUUAUAAUAGGUGAACAUUCUGGCUUAAACCACUUACGGGUUAAUUCAAAAAUAAGAGGGUACUGGUGUGUAAACAGAGCCGACUGGGACGAUAAACUCACAAUAGACCACUUUCGAGUUCAUCCUUCACCGGAAAAAAACUCGUCAAUUAUGCGCGCCUUUAUGACGUCAUUUACCAGAUAGAGGGGAUCGCCUGUAUCCCUGCACUAUUAACGUUCAUCAAGCGUCUUAGUGAUCGUCAUUGUGUAGGAUAAACUAGAAAUAAUGUUUGUUUUUUUUUGGUGGUGCUGGGCCGCAGCUACAUAUAUGGUUUAAGCGUCUACAGGGUUAAGGCUAUACGAUGGACUGGAUAAAUGGAAUGAUAAACAGAUUACAGCCAGACUUAUUCCGUCCAGAAGAUUUAGAAUCAUUACCACCACAUGAAUAUGUUCCUAAACUUUCAGAUAUUGUUCUUCCAUCCAUUUUUCUGGCAGUUCUCUUCAUUAUGAUUCGACACCUGUUAGAUGGGAUAUUGAUAAAACCCAUAGGAGCUUAUUUUGGUGUAAAUGAUAUAGUAAGCAAAGAAACCGUUACACCUGUUCCAUCGUUAGAAGCAGUGUAUAAAGUUUGCAGAAAUCCAAAACCGAAUGCUAUAACGUCUUUGGCAAAGAAGUCAGAAAUGACUGUAAGACAAGUAGAGAUUUGGUUUCGCAAACGAAAGAAGCAAGAUAAGGUUACAGAUAUGAAACGAUUAGAGGACGCAAGUUGGCAGUUCAUAUUUUACUUCAUUAUGUCAUGGUAUGGAAUAUAUGUACUAUGGGAUAAGCCAUGGUUUACCCAAUCCGUGCAUUGUUGGACUGGUUGGCCAUCGCAACAGACUGUUUCAGAUGGUAUAUAUUGGUAUUACUUGUUAGAGUUAGCAUUUUAUAUUUCAUCAAUAGUCACCAUAUGUACAGACCAUAAAAGAAAGGAUUUCGUUGAAAUGUCUGUUCAUCACAUAGUAACAAUACUCCUGAUAGGACUAUCAUGGAAUUAUAAUGCUGUAAGAGUUGGAACACUAGUUAUAUGUAUACAUGAUCCUGUAGAUUAUCUAUUAGCAUUUGCAAAAAUGAGUAACUACUGUAAAUAUAUCAAAGUCUCAGAUUUAUGUUUUGUACUGUUUGCCGUAGUGUGGAUUGCUACAAGACUAAUAACAUAUCCAUACAUGGUUUUAUAUUCCGUUACAAUUGAACUUCCUGAAUAUGUAAAUAAUAAUGGACCUCAUGAACAGUUUUAUGGAAGUAGCUUUGUAAUGCAGUUAUUGAAAGUCAUGCUGGGAGUGUUGCAAAUUCUCCAUAUAUUUUGGACUAUAAUGAUAAUUAGAACAGCUGCAAAAAAGUUUACUGAAGGUCAACUACAAGAUGUACGGAGUGAUAGUGAUAACAGUGAAAAAGAAGAUGUGUCUUCUAAUAAUCAUUAUACAGAGAAUUCCUCACAUAUGAAUGGACAUAUACGAAGAGUAAAGACCAUUUCAUAAAUUUUCUAUAUUUAUACUAUUUUAUAUGGUUUUUAAAAAUAUUAUUCAAAAGUUAAAUGCAUUUCUGAAAUGAUUUUUUUUAAUUUUUCUUGAAUAAAUCUUUAUUUUUAUA